ACACAAUCACAGCACCACUUCACGUCGAACCCGCCGCACCCAGUCCAGCCCGAGGUGUACAUGCCGGCUCCCCUGAAGAUAACGAAACGAUCCAGGAGUCCCGAAUUCGUCAUGCCAGCCCCUGCACCCAGUCGCCGCCGCCAAUACCAUCAUUACCGCUCAGAGUACGACGACAAAGCAGCCGUCCCCAGACACAUGCCGUGAGCACAUAACCUUUUUUCUCUGUAUGCAUCUCUGGCCGGCACGAUAUUCACAGCUCAAGCUAGCUUUGCCGCCAGAUGAUGACUCGGCAGGCUUCUGCAAAGCUCUGUGGUCUCGAAUGUACUCUCUACGGGAUAGGGCUCACAUCUUGGGCUUGCCAUCAACAGCAUGCUGCUUGGCGCCAACGUGCGAACUUGGACUCGCUGCAAAUGGUGUAUAUCUGACCAUGAUGCACCUGGCAGUGCAAACAUCCGACGAUUUGUCCAUACUCCACAAUGUUAGUGGUUUCCCGACCUGCGAUAUCGAUGUCGAAGCGGACAAAGCACGGCAAAGCACGAUGAACGGCAGAGAUGUAUCUCAUAUUGCACCGAGAAAAUGUUGCAUGGGCGACUACAAGAGGCAGGAAAGGUGCAAUACCAUCAAGCGUCCACGUAGCAGGCCGCGGCUACAUCACGCCGAAGUCCUACCGUAUUUCCGGGACAAUCAAGCAAAAGUUCGAGCGGACCAGAGUGGUGCCAGAAUGCGAACAAGUCUCGAUGGCUGCCAGACUCGGAGGCACGGCACACACAUUCACCACGACGGUCAAGGGCAAGGAAACGUAGGGGGGUCCGCGGAGCUCGAAACCCCCUAUGCAGGAGUCCAGGGCGGCCUGUCAAGUCAGGCAAGAUCAUGGUACUUUACGCCUUAUCCAAAAGGCCUGAGCACCCAACUCCUCCGUCGGCAAGUCCAUGCGACAGGUUGUAUGCGGCGGUGCCCAUAUUGUCCUCCGCAGCGUCAUACGAUCCAGCUGAGCUUUCAGGCAUGCAUGAGCACUCAUCAUCAUCACACCGUGGCAAAGCCCCCCAAGGUGUUUCCCCUAACCCCCCCCCCCUUUGCAUUCGCAAAUCAACCCCGGUUUUUGCGUUCAAGCCAGUCUAUUUGUUUGGACUAUCCUUUUUUGUUUUUGUUCUUUAUUUCUUUCCUGUAUUGAUAUAUCCUUGCCGUGUGGUUGUUUCUCGAAAGCAAUUUUUGCAUUAUGCAUUGGCAAAGCGGAAAAAACCCCCCAACAAGCGUGUUCUU